AUGAUAGGAUCCAUAACAUCCCUUUUACGACCAUCUUCAAUCGCCUCAUCAUCACGAUUCACCCUUCCCCUCUUCCCAAAACCUAGUACUGCCGGUCAAACAAGUUUUGCUCAACAAGUGAGAUAUAGAGGUCAAUUAGCACCUAAGAGGACAAAGUUCAAGAAAGCUGCUAAAGGCGCACCAGGGGGAGGUUCACUGAAAGGAACAACUUUACAUCAUGGUACAUAUGGAUUAAGAGCCUGUUCAUCAGUUCGAAUUUCAGCAGCUCAAUUAUCGUCAUGUCAAAUGGCAGUUCGAAGAAAGAUAAAACCAGUCAAAGGUGCCGAGAUGUUCUUGAGAGUUUUCCCAGAUAUCCCAGUUUGCGUUAAAGGAAACGAACAAAGAAUGGGUAAAGGAAAAGGUUCUUUCGAAUAUUGGAGUUGUAGAGUCAGUCCUGGAAAAGUUAUAAUGGAAGUCGGAGGUGGUGGUUUGAGAGAAGAAAUCGCAAAAGCUGCACUCAAAUUGGCUCAAGCUCGUCUCCCUUUACAGACAGAAUUCAUAAGGUUGUCAUCGUCACCACGGUUAGGUCGAAUAUCGGGACACAGUCUGCGACCACCGCCUUACGCUCGACCCGUACCUCAGACGUUGGCGGCUUUAGAUGCUAAAGAUGAAGGAAGAGCCAAAGACGUCGUUUUGUCUAGAGAAGAUACACAAGUGGAUGAACUGAGUAGUCAACUCAGGGCUGUAGAUCUGGGUAGGCGUCCUGCAGCUCAAGGGAUCGACGUGUAG